AUGUUCCGCUCUUUCGUGACGCUCGACGUAUUGACGCGCCGCGGCGACAGCAGGUUCUGGCAUCUGGCACAUGCGAACGGUACCUGGGGCACCUGGACGCGCAUCAGCGGCGAGUUGCCGAUUCAGGGCCAGCCAGACGCAAUUGGCGCCUCCGAAGACAGUCUGGACGUGCUCGCCUGGGGCCAGGAUGGCGAGAUGCUGCAUAAGAAGCUUAAUAGCUCGAGCGGAGCUUGGACGCCUGAACAUGGCUUUGAGGUUCGGACUGAUACAAAGCUUUCUGGACCCCCUAAGACGAUGAGGGGUGCUCCGGGGCAGAACCAAGUCUUUGCGUGUAGUGAUUGCAACGAGCUGGUGUGGAAGGGGCUUGCGAGCUCGGCGGACGUGGUCUUGGUGGCACAGGCCCCGAGGGUCUGA